AGCCUGGCCAGUAAGCGCAAUACCAGGCUUGUCCUCCGUAUGAUGCAAUUGUGGCAGGAAUGUGCUUUGGGGAGAUGUAAAUCUUGAGGACAUGCCUGCUUGUCAUUAAAGAGAUGGCAGAGCUUUCUUCAUGCAUGGAAACGUCAAGCAAGCAUCUUGACCAAAUUAUCAGAUGGUUGGUUGCAUCUUGACAUUGUAGGAAGUGCCUGUGGUUACACGGGGGAAGAAAAGAUGCUCUUUGCUUCCUGCCCCAAAGUAUUCUGGCUAUGCUACAUUGCACUGUGAAUGUCCAUGUGGCAACCCAGGGCAGGCUGUGCUGCAGAUGCUCAGGAAGUCAGCAGGGUUUAUAUAAAGCUCUGCUGGGUUUGCAGAACCUUUUGGCUCCUUUCCAGCGUGGAAGCAGUGAUAUAAAUAGAAGAAUGUCUCACUUUUGAAGUCUACCUUCUAUUGACGGAAAGGAGGAAUUUUGUGCUGGAGCUGUGAUAUAAUAGCUGUUAAAUACAAGCCUCAAGACCAGUCCUAUGACAGGCUGAACCGCUUGACCAUAUUUCAAUGGGAUGCGAGUGAGCUCAGUAGCCUAUAGCAUCACAUCUCUGUUAACUGCUUGCUGACAUCUGAAUAAGUCAGAUUAACAAAAUGUUUGGGACAGUGGUGGUUGGAGUUGGAAUUGCUGGCUUAGCAAGAAUCCGAGACUUGAUGAAUCCGAUGCCUUCCAGCCCUUCUGAGCACCUGAAACUCUUUGGAUUUGUAUCCAGGAGAAGUUUUGGCAAUAUUAAUGAGGCCAAGCAGAUUAGCCUGGAAGAUGCUCUAAGAAGCAAAGAGAUCCAUGCAGCCUUCAUCAGCACAGAGAACAGAAGCCAUGAAGAAACCAUCAGAAUGUUUUUAGAAGCUGGGAAACAUGUCCUCGUUGAGUACCCCAUGGCUUUGUCUGCAAAGGCAGCCCAUGAACUCUGGGAGAUGGCUGAACAGAAAGAUAAAGUACUCCAUGUGGAGCACAUUGAACUUCUGACUGAAGAGUACAAGCAGCUGAAAAAAGAGGUGGCUGGGAAGGAGCUCGUGAAGGGAACAUUGCAUUUCACAGGUAGCGUCCUUGAUGAAAGCAAAACAGGAUUCCCAGCUUUCAGUGGAAUUGCCCGACUGACUUGGCUAAUUGACCUCUUUGGAGACCUCACUGUUACUUCUGCCACCAGAGAAAAGCAGAAGGAUAAGAGUUAUUCCAGAAUGACUGUUCACUUUCAGACAGCAAACAAGAAACCUCUGACUUGGAUUGAAGAAAGGGGACCAGGGAUGAGACGUGAAAAGAAAAUCAACUUCUGUUUCACAAGUGGUUGCCUGGAGAACUUCCCUCAAGCCCCAAGGUCUGCUGUGGGCCUUUUCAUGCAGGAUCAGAACCUUUUUGCCAAAAAACUGCUGGGCCAGGUAUCCAAGGAGGAGCUCGCUGCUGAGAAAUGGCGAAUUUUGCGGUGUCUUGACCUUGCCGAGGUGAUCCAACAGCACUGUGAACAGCCAGAGAAAAUCUGUUCCUGAGGUUGCUCUUAGGGAAGGAGGAACAUGGCAGACAGGAAAGCUGUAGGGCUAGAGCUCAUUGUUGCCGUCAAGCAGUUGCUAUUUCUGUUUCAUUACCUUCUUUUUGACUAGUUGAGAAUCCUAGGCUCUCUGGGUGGGUGGAGAGCCUGGGCUAUACCCCGUGCCUUCUGGUUUGUGCCAGAACAAAGGAACAUUACCCUGCUCCGAUGCAUUGCCGUCCAUCCAGGCAAAUAGGACCCUAGCAGCAACAAGCUUUCCUGUGAUUCAGUUGGAAAUGUCCCUGAGAGCAGGUCCUGGAGGACUGCAAAUACUAGAUAUGAUUUUCCAUCCUGAGGUUUUUUUUCCCCUCUAGAUAUGUCUGAAAAUGAGUUGUGUCUCAUUUAGUAGUACUCAUGUAGUAUUAUCUAGAAAGAAGUAUUAGCUAGAAUGAAGUUCUAGGUGAGUUUUCCACCUCAUUACUUGAUCUGCAGAACUUGUGCCACCACAGUCCUGACCUUUUCUUCCAGAUGCCCUGAAGUGUUCUGUGUGUUUGCUCUAAUUGGUUGUUGUGCCUGUUUGGGAUUUUUGUUGCUUUUUGGUUGUUGUUUUGUUUGUUUGUUUGUUUUCACAUUGGAAACCAUCUACUUUCAAAUAGAAUCUAUAUUGGUAUCAGAAUAGAAGAAAUAUCUUGGCUCUUGAUAGAUGCUAUGUUGAGUUCACUCAAUUUCUGUGGUGCCCUGGGCCAACAUAGAAAUCUUUUUCCAGCAGAGAUUAGAACAGUGCAUUAAACUAAUGCAUCGCCUGCCUGCUUUCUACUGAAUCUAAAAAUUUUUCUUUUUUUGUAGUGGAAGCAGCAUAUUAUUGUCCUUCAUUUGUGUUCUGUAUCUAAUUCAGGAUAUGAACAGAUCACUGCUAAAAGUAAUAUACAUCCUGCCUUUAAGAAAAAAAAUAAUUAAUGCACUCCUGGAAACAGUGAAAUUCAUUAGAACUGGUGAUAAAAUUAGAAUAGAACUAUAGAAAAUGGAGCAAUUUGCAAAUGUAGCCAUGCGGUUAUGGCGUAUGACACCUGUGGGGAUGGGUCUUUAGCAUUUUACAGUAGUCCCAGGGUCAUGUAUGAUGACAUUAUCACUUCCUUAAAGAAGCAUUUUAGUUUUAGGAGAAGCCUAAACGGUGCACAAAACUAUUAAUAAUUCCUCUGUUUGCCUUUUACUUUCUAAUUACAGCAUCUGUUGGUGCUAUAUUAAUAUAGCAGCAAACUUCAGUCUGUGCAGUUGUUCUUCCAAACACAGAACCAUCAUUUCUUUUCUACAUUAUCACUUGGGCAAUUUUUUAAUAAAGGAGCAUAAAUGUUGUGAAUGUAUACAUAA